AAUUCUGCGCUUUAUCACAGUAUAGGCGGUAGCGCGAGACACUGCCUCGGUCGCUUUAGAGCCUAGGUAGAACAAUCUCCAAUUUAUGGUGGAUAACACGGAAUGUUGUCAAUCGCCGUCGGUGUUAGUCCGUAUGACUUUGCAUUGUGCAUGAUAUAUACUCCGUAACGCGAACGCGAACGCGAAUGCACUGCGAUUUCGCCGAGCAAUGCAUAAUGACAAACUCACUUGCCAUAGCGGCCGAGGUAAGUAUGGGGCUCUUCGGACCAGGCGAUGCUCUAGAGGCAUGAUCUCAUCAAAGAUAACUGGAGACGCUACGGAGCAGUAUAUAAAAGAGCUAGAUAUUGUCCAUGCCAAGAGGAACUUUUAUCAUUUAAAUCCCAGGCAUCACGAAAACCAUUGACCAUGGCUUGGAAAACACCAUCGACGAAAGACAGAACUGUCACAAUUCUUGGCGCUGGCGUCCUGGGACGCCGGAUUGCAGCUGCAUGGGCAGCCGGAGGUUACAAUGUGAUCCUUCGUGACCCGAGCGAAGACCAAUGCACGGCAGCUGCGGAAUACGUCAAGUCUAACGCCUGGAGGUUUCCUGGCAAAUAUGUCAACGACAAGCUUGAUGUGCGUACAUUCCAGGACCUGAAGCCGGCCUUGGAAAACGCAUUUCUCGUGAUCGAGUGCGUGCCCGAGAAGCUCGAAAUCAAGCAUGACACAUUCGCUGAGCUGGAGCAACUGGCGCCUCAAGAUGCCAUACUCGCCUCGAACUCAUCUUCCUACAAGUCCCGGGAGAUAGUCCCUCACCUAAAGGUUGAGACCCGACGACGAGUGCUCAACAUGCACUACAUGAUGCCGCCGAACAACAAAAUCGUCGAGCUCAUGACAUGCGGUGAUACGGACGAAGAGAUCUUCCCUUUCCUCGUUGAUGCACUCAAGGGGAUAGGCAUGCUGCCCAUCGUCGCCCACAAGGAAUCAACAGGUUUCGUCAUCAAUCGUGUCUGGGCAGCCAUCAAACGGGAAUGCCUCACUGUCCUAGCGGAUGGUGUCUCCACUCCCGAAGAACUGGAUGAGGUUUGGACCGAGAUGUUCGUCAACACCGGUGCCCGGCCCUGUCAGAGCAUGGAUGCAGUCGGCCUUGACACAGUCUCGUUUAUUGAGCAGCAUUAUAUCAAGGAACGGGGCCUCAAGGAUCCAGGUGUAAUACCGUACCUCCAGAAGUACCUAGAUGAAGGCAAACUCGGCGCUAAGAGCAGCAAAGGAGGCCUGUAUCCGCCGGGCUAUACCACGAAGACCGGCAAUCAGCAACAGAGCGACCAUGAUAACAUUCAAGCGCCUGAGUUGUACUUCCUGGAUAUCGGGUUGUCCAACAAGCCUGAGGAGGUCUUCAACUCCGGUCGUAUCUUGGUGGGCAGCGCGGACGGCAAAUCACCACUCCGUACGAUUGCCGAUCACCAGCACUUCCCUGACGGUAUCGCCAUCAGCCAUCCCGAGAGAUUGAUCUUUUGGACCAACAUGGGAAACCCUACGAAGAACGAUGGCAGUAUUAUGUCUUGCAAGAUGGAUGGCAGUGAUGUCAAGUCUAUCGUUUCUGAAGGCAAAGUCCACACCCCGAAGCAGACAUCCAUUGACGAGGUCAACAAGAAAGUCUACUUUUCAGAUCGUGAGGGAAUGAGAGUCAUGAGAUGCAAUUUUGAUGGAUCUGAGCUGGAGGUCUUGAUCCAGACAGGCGACUGGAGGCAGGGUUUCCAAGAUCAGACAAAAUGGUGUGUUGGCAUCACCGUCGCUCCGGAGCAAGGCAAAUUCUACUGGACACAGAAGGGCCCUUCGAAGGGCUCCCAGGGCCAGAUACUCAGAGCAUCGAUUGACUUUCCCGCUGGAGCCGACGCAGAGAACAGAACUGAUGUCGAGCGGCUGUUCGGUGAAUUGCCGGAACCCAUCGAUCUCGAGGUUGAUGAACAGGGGGGAUUCCUCUACUGGACAGAUCGUGGGGAGCUGCCGUUGGGCAAUAGCAUCAACCGAGCUUCGCUUGACAGCUUUGGUGCAGGAAAGUACGAUAUCUUGGCACGGAAUAUGCACGAGGCCAUUGGUCUUACUAUUGACAAGAAAAAUCGCCACAUCUACGCUACAGACCUGGGAGGCUCGGUUUACAGGUUCAACAUGGAUGGAACUAACAAGCAGAAGUUUUACGACGGGGAAGGCGCCUUUACUGGUAUCGCAUUAAGCCAUGUAUAAGUGGAAGGAUGAUAAAAGCAAAGCAUCCUCCAUGAGAUUUCAAGUAUGAUCCAGCUGGGGAACCUAGAAUAGACGAUUAUCGAGAGGAGACUGGGAGAGAUUUAAUGAUCGUUUAGAAAUAAUGAGCGCAAGCCGAUUCUCGAGCAAUAGUACAACAAAUAGAAAACUGCGUAUCCUUGACUGAAAUUUAUGC